AUGACGGCUCUAAUGGGGGCGCCCCGCAGCCCGCCGCUGACGGACCGGCUGCUGAGUAAGCCGCCCUUCCGCUACCUGCACGACGUGAUCACCGAGGUAAUUAGAGUGACAGGCUUUAUGAAAGGACUUUACACGGAUUUUGAACUGAAAUCAGAUAAUGUUAAGGAUAAAGAUGCCAAAAUCAGCUUCCUUCAGAAGGCAAUUGAUGCUGUUGUAAUGGUAACAGGAGAGCCGCUGUCAGUAAAACCAGCACGUGUCGUGGCUGGACAUGAACCUGAAAAAACCAAUGAAUUUCUUCAAGCAAUUGGGAGGUGUUGCUUAAAUAAGCUGUCCAGUGAUGUUGCUGUAAAAAGGAUCUUAGCUGGAGAAAGAGCUGAUGCUAAAGGGAAACCUCCGUCCUCUAAACCUCGAGAUAAAGAAAGCAGAGAAUCCAAAACAGAAGAACAGAAAAGCCAUAGAGAUAGAGAGGGUAGACGCGACACUGAAGUUAAAGACAGAGGCUCAAGCAGAGACAGAAAACCCAAAGGAGAUUUGAAAGAGAGCGAAGAUAGAGAAAAGGAAAUUAAUAAACAGAAGGAUAAUGAAGACAGACACAAAGACCCUGAAAGAGACACCUUAAAGGAAGGAGAAAAACAAGAAAGGGAAAGAAACAAAAGCAGAACAACCAAGCAAGGAAGAGAGACAGAAAAAAACAAGGGGAAAGGAGACCCAGAACGAGAAGAUGAUCUUGAGCAUGAUAAAGGACAGGAAAAGGAGAAAAAAAAUGAAGGAGGAAGAGAAAAGGACAGACUGAAAGGAAGAGACAAAGAUAAGGCUAGGGACAGAGAACGAGAGAAAGACAGAGAUAGAGGAAAAGAUCGGGAAAGGGAUAGACAAAGAGACAGAGAAAAAGAUGGGGAGCAUUUAAGAGAACAUGCAAAGGAUAAAGCAGAGAAAAAGUCUGCAGAUUCAGAGGAAUCUACGCGUAGAAAAAUCCAGAGGCCGACUAAAGACAGCAAGUUCCAGCUAGACAAUGAG